CAUAGACCUAGAUAACACGUGAACCUCCUAGGUAGUUGUUCAAUAUGGAGCGUUGGGUUGGUCGGGUAGCGCUUGUGACAGGGUCCUCGGUCGGAAUUGGGGCUGGAAUUACACGAGCUCUUGUUAAGCACGGAAUGAAAGUUGUAGGCUGUGCAGAAAACGUCAAACAAAUCGAGGAAAUUCAAAAUGAAUUGAAAUCCGAAAAAGGCCAAUAUAUUCCAAUGAAAUGUGAUGUCACAAAAGAGGACGAAAUUUUGGCGAUGUUUGAGCGGAUCCAAACGGAAUUAGGAGGCGUAGAUAUCUUCAUUAAUAACGCUGGACUAGCGCAUUGCGCACCUCUAUUAUCUGGUAACACUGCUGACUGGAGACAUAUGUUAGAGGUGAAUGUUUUAGGCCUGUGUAUUUGUACCAGAGAAGCUUUCCAACAAAUGCAGAGAAAUGGAGUAGAGGAUGGCCAUAUUUUUCUUAUUAAUAGCAUGUCUGGACAUCGUGUGGUCUCUAUUCCGGAAGGGCACUUUUACUCGGCGACAAAACACGCAGUGUCUGGGUUAUUGGAGGGAAUCAGGAACGAGCUACGAGAGAUGAAAUCCCACAUCCGUGUUACGUCUGUAAGCCCUGGUUUAGUAUACACAGAAUUCCCCAAAAGAAUGUAUAACAGUGAAGAAAAGGCAAAAGCUAUCUAUAGCGUCUUUAAGUGUUUAGAAGCAGAGGACUUGGCUGACGCAGUUGUCUAUGCACUGAGUGCACCACCACAUGUACAGAUUCAUGACAUACGCAUGAGAUCCACUGAACAAACAAGUUAACUGUUUCACACCCACCUACCCAAUUGGCGUACUUGUAUUGAAUAACGGCAAAACCUAUUUUACCGUUAUAUAUGAAAUGUAUGUUGAAUAAACAACCAUAAACAACAUA